CCCCCUUCCAACAAGCCACACAUUUGCCUUUCAUGUGUGCUUAUCAUGAGCAGCAUGGCGCUGCUGGAUGCCUACCUUGUGGAGCAGAAUCAAGGUCCACGGAAGGUGGGUGUCUGCAUCAUGGUCAUGGUAGGGGACGUGUGCUUCCUCAUUGUGCUGCGGUACAUUGCAUUAUGGGUCGGUGCCGAGGUACGAACUGCUAAACGUGGCUACGCCAUGAUCCUGUGGUUCUUCUAUGUCUUUGUGCUAGAGAUCAAGGUAUACUUUGUUUACCAGAACUACAAGGCAGAAGGCGAGAGAGCGGACACUCUUACCUGCAAAGCUUUGACAGUGCUGCUUUCUGUGUUUGUCCCGGGACUUUACAUUACACUGGCAGCCAUCGAUCACAUGGAAUACGUUCGUCCGCUCAAGAAGAGGGAGGAGUUGAGGAGUCGGCUGUUUUGGGUUGUGGUGGAUCUUCUGGACAUUUUGGACAUUCAGGCAAGCCUAUGGGAGCCUCAAAGAAAAGGGCUCCCUCUAUGGGUGGAGGGCCUUACCUUUUUUUACUGCUACAUACUACUUCUGAUACUGCCGUGUGUGUCAUUAAGUGAAAUUAGCAUGCAAGGUGUGAACAUUGUGCCGCACAAGAUGUUGUUGUAUCCUAUUCUGAGUCUGGUCACCAUCAACAUUAUUACAAUUUUUAUACGAGGAGGAAAUAUGGUGUUUUAUAGGGACAUCCGAGUUUCUGGAAUACUCAUGGGUAAGAACGCCCUCGCCAUUGUCCUGAAAACAUGCAGCUUUGUGCAGUACCGGAGACACCUGCAGGAGGCGUCAACACCCGCUCUCGCUCCGGAACUACAGAGGGACACAGUGCCACAAAGUUCCCGAGGGGCAGUGCCAGUCGCAAUGCCCAUGCCUGUCACCAUGCCAACUCCGCAGGUAGUCAUACAAGAUCUCACCACACUUCCAGAAGAGCCCGAACUUGAGGAAACAUGACAAAAUGGGGAAUGAGAAGAGUUUGCACUGGACAAUACACAACAUGAACUGUCCUAAUGUUAAUCUGAGUGUACACUGUAUGAUUUACUACUUUAAGAUCGUUUCUUAUCAGAUUGUAUGAUGACGUUAAUGACUGGAUACAUACCAGACCGUUCUGCACAUAGGCCAGACAUUUAGCUAGACCUGACUGCACUGACUAUGCAUUUUAAAGCACCACUUAAUCAUUUUCCUCAGUAUUUGUCUUUUUUUUUCCCAGUAGAAAUAUCUAAACAUUGUUAAAACAAGAUAAAUAUAC